AUGUACUUAGCUCAUACAAGACCUGAUCUCGCCUAUGCUCUGAGUAUUGUUAGUCAGUUCAUGCAUAAUCCCAGUGAACAACAUAUGAAUGCAGUCAUGUGCAUUUUGAGGUAUCUAAAAUCUGCUCCUGGAAAGGGAAUUCUAUUCUCUAAAAAUACAAACAAGCAAAAUAUCAAGGUAUAUACAGAUGCUGACUUGGCUGGAGCAGUUGAUGACAGGCGAUCAACUUCGGGAUAUUUUACCUUUGUAGGUGGGAACUUAGUUACAUGGAGGAGCAAGAAACAAAAUGUUGUUCCAAGAUCUAGUGCAGAAGCUGAGUCAUGUGAUAUAGCCCAUAAUCCAGUUCAACAUGACCGUACAAAGCAUGUUGAGGUAGAUAGAUUCUUCAAUAAGGAGAAACUAGAUGAAAAAGUUGUGGAAUUACCAAAGAUUCGAUGA